CCCACUCCACUGGAUACUCUUCCUUCUUCUGUUUCUUCGACGGGGGAUACGAGAUCGACGCUAAACUGAGUGCUCCUUUCACCGUAAAUCUCAAAUCAAGCAUUCACUGCUGUGGAUGAUGCCUCCGCUGUUGCUGCUGCUGCUGCUGCUGCUUGUUGAGUAGCCGAUCUUUGUGUGUGCUCUUGAAUGUGAGGGACAUUUCGUCUUCGGCGUCGUCGUCUUUGAGACAUGCAAGUUGGUUAAGGGAGAGUAAGAGGGAGGAGAGUAGUUGACCAUGGCAACAGGAUUGUGAAGGGGGAGAUGAGUUGUGAGGGGAAGAAGGAAGGGCCUGUUUGAUUUUUCUUUUUAUUUUUGAUUUUCGCUUGGGAGAGGUGGAUUCCGAGGCACGUGGUGAGUUUGCGAAGAGUUGUAGAGGCGGUUGGUGUGGACGCGCAAAGGAUUCGAAGGCUGCAAAAGUUGGAAGAGGGUUGUACACGACGCAAGCAGGACCUGCGAAGGCCACUUGAUAAUAAGGAUUGCCUUUGGUCUCUGAAAUACAAGCCACUCUGCAUUUUCGCGUGUUCAGCAUUUCUGUUUUUUUCUUUUUUUCUUUUUUUCUCCCUCCCCCCUCCUCAUUUUGCCUAUAUCUGUAGUUUCCUUAGCAGGAGUUUCUUCACAGCAAACAGCGAGAGAGAGAGAGAGAGAGAGAGAGAGCUAUAGCGAGAGCCUAAUCUAAUUUUAAUCUAUACCAAAUGGUGGCUCUCUUCUCACGCAGUUCACAGCCGCGGCUGCAUGCGAAACAACUUGAACUUGUUCAUGUUUGUCCACUGUCCACCAGCAAUUCGUCCAAUGCACUGUUAUUCCUGCUUCCGAAGGCUUGAGUUCCCAUCACUACCCUUCCUAGCAGGUAGCAUCUUGCAGCGAGAGCCAAAUUCCACGUUUUCUGUUAGUGCGAAAAGCUUCCUCGGACAUUCUCAUCGCGUUGAUUUCACAACACCGUUUGGUUGCGCCGCAUUGGUGCAAGGGUCUGGAAUAUCGGUGUUCACAAAGAACAGCUCAACGUUUAGUUCUUAGUGGGUGCAUCGGGUUUUGGUCCUCUUUUUUGAGUUGUUUUGCGACAAGAAAGCCAGGAAAGCUGGAGCUAGCACAAGUUCUUGCGGGGUUUGAGCGCGGAUACGGAAGGCCGCCGCCAGACAUGUCUAGUGCCUCUGCUUCGCUCCUGGUGCGAGAUAACGACGAAGGUGGCAAUCACAUGAGAGGUCGAGAAGCUGACUUGGAGCGCCUCAUGCGAUCAUUAAGCGAGGAGGUGAACUCGCAAAAUCAGAGUCAGAAUCCGCAGGUUGGACAUGAGGUGCAGCAGAAUUUCUUGCAGCCCUCGACCGUAUUUCCUGGUCAACGUGACUUCUCCGUGUCGUUCUCCCAAUCUCAACCUUCUUUCCUCCUAGAGCUGCUUUCCAUGUCUUCUCCUGCCGUUGGGUGGAACGGCUGCGCACUCCCUGACCCCGCCUUAUACUCAGCGGCUUCCCGCGAGUUUAAGAGCAGCACUGGAAACACUGGAUUUGCGACGUCCAGCAUCCAGGCCCAAUCACAGCAAGACGGGCUCUGGACCUCGGAACCGGAUUAUCCUCCAUGGUUCUCGCAAGAGAGCGUGGAGUCUCGUCACGUGAACAUGUACGUCGAUAGGCUUCAGGAUCUUCUGAGCACACCCGCAUCCUGGGAACAGCUGCAAGUUGUCUCCAGCAGCCCUGCUUUUACGAUUGAUAUGACGAUGGGCGCACCGACGGAGAAGACAUCCCAUUCAUCAGGAGUAACGGCUGUUAUGCACUCUCCCCGGGCAUCUCCUGGGGUGAUGGGAUCGCCGUCCACUUCCACACCUUUGAAUUCCGCCGCAUCCACUCUACCAAGCACGCCGAACUCCUCCAUGAGCUAUGGCAGCUUCAGCGAUGCAGCGGCAGAGGAAGGUCAUUCCCACCAUGGCAUUGGCGGCUCCAUUAGCCGGCCACCUUCGCUGCAACAACCCCAGCCCGUUGCGGGCCCGAGUGGGCGCAGCAGCACCAAACGCAAGACGCUUGACUGCGGCAUGGAAGAGAGCUGCGACGAGAUUCAGUCCCACGAUGCCAAGAAAUCAUGCAGCAAGCUGCGUAGAAAGGGACUUAAGCGAGUGAGAGAACCUCGGUACGCCAUUCAGACUCCUAGCGACGUGGAAAUCAUGGAAGAUGGAUAUAAAUGGCGCAAGUAUGGUCAGAAAGCCGUGAAAAACAGUCCCCAUCCACGGAGUUACUAUCGGUGUACACAUAUGAUGUGCCCUGUCCGGAAGAGGGUGGAGCGAUCCGCUGAAGACACAGGGUUGGUGAUCACAACGUAUGAAGGCACGCACACCCAUGUGUCGCCUGUGACUGGGUCCAGGGGUCCCUCCGAUGAGCCUCUUCUUUUCGCAUCUGGAGAGCACCCGCCUGGUGGCGCUCCAUUCCACCCGCCUACCUCAACUUCAACCAGCAGCUUUCCUCUUCAAGACGUUGCUCUUCCUGCACCAUCAGCAUCAGUCGUAAAGUAUGAGAUUCCUACGACCAUGGAUGCAGCCACUAGCAGUCAACACAAGUCAAGCCAGGGGGGUCCGUUGAGGCCAACCCCGAGUAUCAACCAGGUCGACCCGGCUAGUUUACUUGGCGGACCAGUUCCUGCCUCCGGAACCGCGAUACCGCCUCUUCCAGACUCUUUGCUACGGGCGCAGAAAUUACUCGACGGCGGACAGGACGAAGCACAACCACAAUUGGAUGGUGAUACUAGAUUCCGGAGUGGGUAUUUGAUGAAAGACUUGGGGCAUUUGAUGCAAGACGUCAUGUGCUGGGGCAACACACUGCCUCACCACGCAUCGCGUGCACAAGUGAUACAUCCUUUACUCUCCACUACGCCAUCUUCAGGCUGCUUCUCGACCGAAGGAUUGCUGGAGGACAUUGUCUGACAUUGACAGUUACUGAAAAAGUUGAUUGUGUCUAUCAUUUCGAGCUUGACGCUCUUUGAGGCGUAGAGCAUUGUUUGUUGCAGUUUGGUGCAUCUGCUGUUACCAGUACAUAUCUGUGGAGGUCCGGGUUCCUCUCCCUUGAUCACGAUCCUCCAUACCCCAGGACCAUUGACCUAAAAUUGCUUCAUCGGAUUUGAGUAAUCCUAAGGAAUCAGGGCAAUGGAGAUUAGCUCUAAAGCUUUGAUCGAAUACUGUCGGUCGAAGGUGCGAGACGACAGUGAGAUGAACUUGGACCUGCGUCCGGAGGUGGCAUGAUUUUGGCGAACAGUGGUUUGAAAUUAUAUCUCCUCCUUCGCCUCUGACUCUUACCCACUCUGUAAACAUGUAUGAAUCAUCCAGUCUUUAUAUAGAUAGUACAAUGAGCAGCGACCCUUUCAGGGCCGCGUGCGGGUGCAGGCUCUUGUCAUUACGGCCACAUUUUUCUUCGCGGCUUGCUUGCCACUUCGAGGACAUACCUAAAGAUCAUUUCGAUAAUUUUCACUGGACACUAGGCGAAGUAGAGGUAGAAUCCUUCAGUGUAUUAAACUUUUAGCUUUUGUCACCAAUUCGUUGAACAUUGUUCAAAGUGGAAACAAAAUCAAUGAAUUGAAGCAGUCCCGGAAGCUGCUACACCUUUUAUAGCCAA